AUGAUCGAGGACAGUGAUGAAGAACCAAGUGCUAAAGAAAGAGAUCUUAAGGCCAUAGAAUGUUCCAUAAACCAUUUCUCAAUAACUACAAGUUGUGAAGCACCAGUGGUCUUGUCAGAAGACUGCUUUCAUGACCCCACAUUGGCACCUAUAAUGCCACAAUCGCCUAUGAUGAUCACUUUCAGUUCAGGUAUUAGAAAUGAUAUUUCUAUAGAGUCACCAAAUUUCUCGUCAUUCAUAGCUCAAGAAAUUGCCCAGUUAGAAUGCGCUCACUCACCAGCUCCCAUGCCACUUGUUCCCAUGCCAGUUAGUUCCCCUGUACCAAUAGAAACCCAGUCGUCAGAAAACGCUCUUCACAACAGUGAACCACCACCGAGGAAAAGGCAAAUCACAAGAAAAAAAGAUAAAGGUCGAUUACGAUUGAUCCAUCGAGAUCAAUGGUUGGAUGUUCAGCGUAAGACAAAUAAAAAAUUAGGAAAACAUAUAAAGGUAGGGAUGGAAGACUAA